CGGAAACAGGAGGCGGCCUCAGGCUGGCCGGGUUGGGGCGGGGCUUGCGGGGAGUAACAGCUUGAAAGGUAGCCCCGCUCUGGGAGGAUCUGAAACUACAUUUUUAAAACUCUGCUUCUCAUCUCAGGGCGGAGUUUCCAUCCUCCUGUUGUCCCGCCCCUGGUUCCCUGGCGGAUUUUGGGGAAAUGAGUCACCAGGGGCCCAUCUCAUGAUCCGGCGCCCCGCGGUCCCAACACAGAUUUCUCGACCCCGGCCCCAUGGCUGCGCUGAGCCCGCUGCUCCUAGCCGCGCUGCUGUGGGUCCCUGCAGGGGCCCUGUCCUGCUACGGGGAUUCGGGGCAGCCUGUGGACUGGUUUGUUGUUUACAAGCAGCCGGCCCACAGCGGGCCCGGGGUCGAGGCGCAGACGGGGCUGCAGUACAAGUACUUGGAUGAGGUGUCAGGGGGCUGGCGUGACGGCGCGGGGCCCAUCAACAGCUUGGCGGGGGCCGUGGGCCGCAGCCUGCUGCCGCUGUACCAAAACACCACCCAGGUCGCCUACCUACUGUACAAUGACCAGCCUCCUGACGGGGCUAGGGAUUCUUCCAGCCGGGGGCACACGAAGGGUGUGCUGCUCCUGGGCCAAGAAGGGGGCUUCUGGCUGGUCCACAGUGUUCCAGGCUUCCCUCCACGUGCUUCCCAUGCUAACUACAGCUGGCCUCGUUCUGCCCAAACCUACGGGCAGACACUGCUCUGCGUGUCUUUUCCUCUUGAGCAGUUCUCAAAGAUUGGCAAACAGCUGAGCUACACCUACCCCCUGGUAUAUGACCACAGGCUGGAAGGGACCUUUGCCCAGAAAUUCCCUGAACUGGAGGAGGUGGUCAAGGGCCACCAUGUUCGCAACAGACCCUGGAACAGCAGUGUAACACUCACAUCAAUGGCAGGGGCUAUCUUCCAGAGCUUUGCCAAAUUUGGAAAGUUUGGAGAUGACCUGUACUCUGGCUGGUUGGCAGAAGCCCUUGGCAGAAACCUGCAGGUCCAGUUCUGGCAACACUCUGGUGGCAUCCUGCACUCCAAUUGCUCCGGGGUCUGGCAAGUGCUGGACGUGACCCGGAUAGCCUUCCCUGGGCCAGCUGGGCCCACCUUCAGUACCACAGACGACCACUCCAAAUGGUGCGUAGCCCCAGAAGGGCCCUGGGCCUGUGUGGGUGACAUGAAUCGGAACCUAGGAGAAAUGCAACGAGGGGGGGGCACAGUGUGUACCCAGCUGCCUGCCCUCUGGAAGGCCUUCCAGUCUCUGGUAAAUGAAUGUGAGCAGUGUGGGGAGGUGAGCAGGACCUUCUCUCCAGGAAGCCCAGCAGAGAGUAUAAGAGCUAAGGCUCAGAAGCCAGUUUGGACUUCAGUUUAAUUCCAUUUAGUCUCUUCCUAAUUGUGUGACCUUAAUUAUGUGCCUUAACCUCUCUGUGACUCAGUCUACUCAUCUGCAAAAUGGGAACCAUAACAACCGACUCAGGAUUGGUGAGAAAUAAAAGGAAACUGGUGGA